UUCUCGAUAGUGCCGCUGAGCUGAUUUUCGUCUCCCUCGUUCUCCGUGUUGUUGUUCUCGGUGACGCGACGGAGGUGUAGCCUGACGCGGUCUCUUACGUGUCGGCCUGAAUAAAAGUGGAGCUCCGCGGGCCCGGGAGUGACGGAGGGAGUCUGUAUCGUUAACUAAAUGACCAUGGAAUCGGCCGCAGAUUCUCAGCAGGGGGGGGACACUGCUGUCACGGAAACGGAGAGCCAGCAGAUCACCCAGGCGCAGAUCGCCACGCUGGCGCAGGUUUCCAUGGCGGUGGGGCACGGGACCUCCACGGGGCCCACGGUGACGCUGGUGCAGCUGCCCAACGGGCAGACGGUGCAGGUGCACGGGGUCAUCCAGGCCGCCCAGCCCUCCGUCAUCCAGUCCCCCCAGGUGCAGACCGUCCAGAUCUCCACCAUCGCGGAGAGCGAGGACUCCCAGGAGUCGGUGGACAGCGUGACGGACUCGCAGAAGCGCCGGGAGAUCCUGUCCAGACGACCGUCCUACAGGAAGAUCCUGAACGACCUGUCGUCGGACGCCCCCGGGGUCCCCCGGAUAGAGGAGGAGAAAUCGGAGGAGGACUCCGCCCCCGCCAUCACCACGGUUACCGUGCCGACGCCCAUCUAUCAGACCAGCAGCGGGCAGUACAUCGCCAUCACGCAGGGCGGGGCCAUCCAGCUGGCCAAUAACGGCACAGACGGGGUGCAGGGCCUGCAGACGCUGACCAUGACCAACGCCGCGGCCGCCCAGCAGGGCACCACCAUCCUGCAGUACGCCCAGACCACCGACGGGCAGCAGAUCCUGGUGCCCAGCAACCAGGUGGUGGUGCAAGCUGCCUCUGGGGACGUCCAGGCCUACCAGAUCCGCACAGCCCCGACCAGCACCAUCGCCCCCGGCGUGGUGAUGGCCUCCUCCCCUGCCCUGCCCAGCCAGGGGGCCCCCGAAGAGGCCACCCGCAAGCGAGAAGUCCGUCUCAUGAAGAACAGGGAGGCAGCGCGGGAAUGCCGCCGGAAGAAGAAGGAGUACGUCAAGUGUCUGGAGAACCGCGUGGCGGUGCUGGAGAACCAGAACAAAACCCUCAUCGAGGAACUGAAGGCACUUAAGGACCUGUACUGCCAUAAAUCUGAGUAGCCCCCCCCCCCCCCCCCCAAACUCCCCUCCUGUACACACUCAGCUUGGCUUCAGCCAUCUGGGCAGAGACAGACUAUUGUUUUUCUAACUGUUUUUUUAAUGCUACAAACUGCCUAUAAGAAAAUACAGGUAUAGGGAGGAAGAAAAAAAUAAUAACGUAAUGAGUGUGAAGGUGUUCAUUUCCCCCGUCUCUGCUUGUAAGAUCAUGACCUUGAAGACGAGGAACCGAACACACUUUGAGUCAGUCCGGAGUAUUCGUUUUUACUUCCCACAAGUUUUUAUGUGACGGGAGAGAACAUGCAGGAGGUUCGGCUGGGGGGACGUUUGGUUGGGCGUUUUGGGGAGCGGUCCAGGUCUGGCCCCGGAAAAUCGGAGUCCACUGCGGAAACCUUCGCAGUGGGGCUCGGGGGGGCUUGUGUGUCUCCUUCCGUUAAAAUACCGCACGGCCUCACGAAGGAUUUCCACCUCUUUCUCCGACGGAUCCACAGAACGGAACGCAAGGCCUUCUGGGAAACGGAAGCCGCCGCUUUGUUUUUUUUUCUCCUCAAGGUUUCUGGCCCCUGUGAGCCACCGUAUUCUGCCCGUGACCCCGCCUUUGUCACGCCUACUCCAGCACCCGGAAAUACGGAAAUAUGUGUGAAAAACAGAACUGGAGUCAGUGUCAUACGGGCAGUGUGUAUGUGUGUGUGAUACAGCACUGGAGUCAGUGUCAUACGUGUAGUGUGUGUGUGUGUGUGUGAUACAGCACUGGAGUCAGUGUCAUACGUGCAGUGUGUGAUACAGAACUGGAGUCAGUGUCAUACAGUGUGAGUAAACUACCCCUUUCUUUUCAGUUCUCCAGUUGCUAACGUUACCGAGUUCAGAUCCCAUCAUGAAAUAUCUUCUCUUUUUGGUGUUGUGGAGUUUUUUUUUUUUUGUUUGUUUUGUUUUCUUUGUAUUUCUGGAACUUUAAAAAAUUUUGUUUGUUGACUAUACAAAAGUGUGGUUGAGAAAUGGUUAAUUGGCUAGCUGUAAACCCAGGUGGAAGAUGGAUCCCUGAUUAUUGUCGUUGAGAAAUGUUUCUGCAAAAUGACUGUACCCUUCAGUACACACACAUUGUCUGGGGCAUUCUUUCUUUGCACCUGUGAAGCUACAGUGCUUUCUGGACAACAGGUUCCUCCUGCAUGGAUAAUCCCAGAUAUGUGAGAGUAGGGUGUUUUGGGUGAACAGGAGAGACUUUGAGAGUGCCUGCAAACAGAAGCGUUCCUGCCUCUCUGACCGUGUGGAACUGCACCCCUGCGGUAAAGCACAGGAGACCCCGUUAUGAGGACACUGCAGACGUCUGGGCUGGUCACUGACGGGCGCGUUUUGGACGGGGGGGAGACGAGCACCCGGCCCGCGAUUUAGGCCUCGCCCCACACUCCCUCAGAGUCCCGUCUCAGCUCCAGUUCCUACAUCAUCACAGUUCAAUCUGCGGGAUUUAAACAAAUGAUAAUUUCACGUUUUGGGUGGGGACGAGGAAGAGCCGGUUGCAGUGCAGGUGUCCCGUGUUGAGUCAGCGGAGAAGCAAGCAAGAAGCAUGCCCCACCCCCCCCCUUUCCCGCCUGUACCUUUACAGCCAGGCCCGCUGCCAAAUCGCUCCUCAGUCCAGGAGGACCACGCCCAUCAACUGUCCCCGAAACACAGCCAGAAAUGAAUCCAGUUAUGCAGAGGACUGCUCUGAGUGGAUUUAAGUCCUAGAUUUGGGAUGGGUGAAGUGGGAACCCAGUGCUAUUGAGAGCACUGAAGUCACUCUAAGUCAUCACACACUGGUCCUUGUUCUUACAACAAGCUUGGGGAUCCAUCUUCUGAACCAAUUUUUUUUUUGUUUUUUGUUUUUAAAUACAAAACAACAUUUUACAUGUCAUAUUCUGUUAAGUGCAGGAUUAAGGAAUGCCAUAUUGUGUUAUUACACAACCUUUUGUUGUGAUUACUUGGAAGCAGUGGUCUGAUUUUGCUACACGUAUUUUAUUUUGUAAAACCGUUUGCUAUUUUUCGUUCAUUUAUAUAUAUUUUUUUUCUUAUUGUUACCACCAAUAUGGAAUUAUUUUAUUUGUAUUUAAAACAAAAUAGAAAAUAUAUAUAUACAAUAUAUAUAUUAUAUAUAUAUAUAUGGUCUGCCUGUGCAGUUUCUCAAGCUAUUACAUUUUUGGCAGCUAUUUGACUAAAAAAAAAGACGCCUUUGUGGGGAUCAGUGUGUUUUGGGUGUUCUGUUCCACUCUGUGAAUGACUUCACCAGCAUAAUUUACUGGCUUGUAGGUUUCUGACAUAAUUGCAUACAUAUACACACACACACACAGAGCACAAAUGUCAAUUUUUUUUCUGUACAUCCUUGAAUAGGGUCUUGAAACUCAGUUGUAGAAUCUAUUUGCUUGCAUCUAAAUGCAUUUUCGCUCUGGGUGUUGACAUCAGCCUCAGAAACCAACACAAAAACAGUUUUAUGACUGUUUCGCAAGUACGCAUAUGUUAAGCAGGUCUUGUAUGUAUGUUGCUAUAUACGGAGCCAGGGUCAGUUAAAAAAUUUAUCCCUCGAUUGUACUCCAUUAAAACGGAAUCCAUGUUGAAAAAAUAAGCUAAUUCCUUAACCCUGUUGAGGAAAACUACAGCUCCCAUGAUUCUUAGCGGCACAUUUAAAAGGAUAUUGCAGUCCAACCAGCACCUUAGCCUACUGCAAUAAUAAAAUGCAUUUAAAUAAAACAAUAGGAGGCUGGUUGGCUGUAUAAAUGGCAGAUCUUUUUUUAAGCUUAUUUUAAAUCCAGAGUCAAUCAUAUUUAGAUCUGGUUAUGUAACAGUUUUUUUUUGCAUAAGCUACAUAUUGUUGAACACAGGUAAUCAGACCAGCAGGUCUGUUGCCUCUGUUUGGGUUGGUUGCUAGGGCUGGUGCUGCUGUCUUUCAUUUUGAUCUGCAUGUCCAAACUCAUUUCAGCCUCUUCCAAAAAUAAAUAAAUAAAAUAAU